UCAAAAAGUAUCCGUACAAUCGGCUGUCUGCGACAAAAUUUUAUUAAAAUAAUUCACACAGAAGAAAAAAAUAUACUCUCCCUCGGCUGGUUAAUACAAAGAUGUCAAAUUUUAAAGUGGCUUAUUAUAAACAGAAAACCAAAGACUAAAAUCUAUCGAUACUUAGAGCGCCGAAUAAAAUUUCGUUGCCAAUGUCUCUUAUAGCCAUCGAACGCUUGUUAAGUGGAUGGCCGCGAUUUGGCCGCAAGUUCAUCAAUACGUCGCGGUCACUGACCUCUGGCUUGUGGCGCACAAUGAUCGAGCAGUCUGAAGAAACCCCAGACAGUGUUGGAAAACACAGGACGGAGCUGGGAUACAGAUCCUGCUUUGGAUACCUUCUGCACCGCUGCAAUGCAUCCUUGGUAUACGUUGCGCGGCGACGCUACUCGACCUAUGAAAAGACAUCUACGCAAAUCCUAUCCAAACUUUUUCCCCAAACCUCUACGGAACCCAACGACGAGGAGAGUCGUGAGCGUCGCAAACGAGAGGAAGAGGAGGAGUUGAGGGAAAUGGAGCGGGCUUGGAAGCGGAUGAAACUGGGCUUUGGACUCGUUGGAAUAGGUGGUAUAUUGUUCUCGUUUUGGGCCAUUUAUUACUUUGGAAAGCCAUCGCUAGAUGAUCAGGGAAACGAAGUUAUAGACGAGUUCAGUGCAUUGCCCCUAACGCAACAGUAUAUGGCUCGAACAUGGAAGUCGGUGAAUCAUUUUCAACGUUUCAUUCAAGAGCCAUCGAGUCAGAAGCUGCUACCCGAACCUCUUCAGGCUCCAUAUGUGCAGCCAGCUUAUACCUUGGUACUUGAGAUUAAGGAUGUUUUGAUACAUCCUGACUGGACUUACGAAACGGGCUGGCGCUUUAAGAAGCGCCCCGGCGUUGAUGUAUUUUUAAAGGAAUGCGCUAAAUAUUUCGAAAUCGUUGUUUAUACGGCAGAGCAAGGGAUUACGGUGUUUCCGCUGCUCGACGCCCUUGAUCCAAACGGCUUUAUCAUGUAUCGCCUGGUUCGCGACUCCACACACUUUGUUGGCGGCCAUCACGUGAAGAAUCUGGACAACCUGAAUCGAGACUUAAAGCGAGUGGUGGUCGUGGACUGGGAUAAGAACUCCACGAAGUUUCACCCAUCAAAUUGUUUCUCGAUACCACGGUGGAAUGGGAAUGACAAUGACACUACCCUCUAUGAUCUUGCCUCGUUUCUUAGUGUUUUGGGCACAAGUGAGAUAGAUGAUGUUAGAGAAGUGCUGCAGUACUAUAAUCAGUUUAGUGACUCCAUAUCGCAGUUCCGGGAAAAUCAGCGAAAGCUCAGUGAGCAAAUGCAAGCCGAUGAGCUGGAAAGGAAUAGCAAGUCUAAGCCGAUUGUCAAGAAUUGGACCCGUGGCUUCAUAAAGCAUUAAUAUGAUUAUAGUUUUGAUGUGCCAUUUGAAUUUUUAUAAUUCACCCAAAUAAUUCCAAAAACAUUAAAAAAAACUAUUACAACAAGCUAUAGUAAA